UCAGUUGUGGCUGAUAGCAGAAUUAUCGCGUAUUUAUUUUACUGGAAAUUAAAAGAAGGAUUUUCAUAUUUAUGGUGUUCUUUUCAGUAUCGAUGGGUGCUUAAAAGGUGAAGCUGUUGUGUGAAGUCUAUUUCAAUUCUUUAAAAUAAAGAGGUCCUCACAAUGCCUGGCACGAACCUAAUCGUCCCCGUGGUACUAUGGGGCAAGCACGCACCGACCCACUGCAUAUCUUCGAUCUACCUGUCUCGAGACCAGAAGACUUUGGUCACUGGCUGCUAUGACGGUCAGAUCUGCAUCUGGCAGGUGCAUCCGGAGACGCUGAAGAUGACUCCGCGGUGCCUCCUCGUCGGGCACACCGCGCCAGUCACCUGUCUGUCCAGGGCAUCUAUUAUACAGGACAACAACUACAUAGUGAGCUCGUCAGAAGCCGGUGAGAUGUGCACGUGGGAUCUUGUGGACGGCAAGUGCAGGGAGAGUGUCAAGUUGUCACAGGUUCACACCAAUAUACAGGCUUACCACAUGUGCAACAGCGAGGACCUACGGCUGUUCUGCAACGGCUACUACGCAGAGAUCCUGAUCAUGGAUCCUUUCUCCCUGGAGAUCAUGUUCUCUCUCAGCUCCAAGAUGAAUCCCGAUUGGAUUUCUGCUUUGCAUGUGUUGCGACCGUCUUCCAGAAAAGACGAUGUGGUGCUUGCUAUCUCUAUCACUGGAACUGUGAAGGUCUGGUCGCUCCUCGGGCAUGAGAAUAAGCAGUCUGAGCCCAUCUACGAGAAUGAAUCCAAGCAGAUACGCUGUUUGAAUGCGUUAUCGCUCAACUGUUGCGCCUACAACCAGCGCACCGUGCUAAUCGUGUGCGCCAAGUAUUGCCAGAUAUAUGACGCUGGAGACUUCUCGGUUCUCUGUUCCAUCCAGGCUCCGACAGGCGAGAGAUGGAUGUCAGGGGACUUCCUGGCGCCAGACAGAGUGCUCGUCUGGUCUACCGAGGGCAAAGGAUACAUGUACAAACUGCCAGCCAACUCUGUACCGGACCACAAAGGAUUCCACGGGCCGACAGUAGACCACGACAGUCCAGUGCUGUUCAACUUAUUGGCUCAUCCUGAUAAUAAGCUGCUGUCUUGUCCGCCGUCAAUGCGCUUCGUGGUGACGUCUGUGGGUGGCAAGCAGCGGCGCUUGUUACUGCGGGGUGACUCGCACGGCGUCGUGUCUGUGUGGAGUGUUGACGAGGCCGCCGCUCCGACUUCCAGGAUUGUUUCGCACGCGCCGGUGGUGCUCACGAGUCUCAACCUUGCGUGGGCGGAGAUGAACCCCAGCCCAGUGGGCAUCCUCGACCAGCUGCAUACACCUGAGGAAACUGAAGUCAAGCUGACAUCAUCAAUCUACAUCUUGGCAGCCAAUCGUUUAGUGGUGGGCCGCGAGGACGGGUCCAUCGUCAUCGUCAACGCGACACACACCGUGCAGCUGCAGUUGCUGCACGGCCCACACCAGCAGUACGACGAUUGGCCCACCCACCAACUGCUGUUGGGUCACAAUGGACGGGUCAACUGUCUUCUAUAUCCACAUCACAUCCAUCCCAGAUACGAUAAAACCCACUUAGUUUCUGGUGGUAUAGAUUUUGCGGUGUGUCUGUGGGACCUGUUCAGUGGUGCGUUGUUGCAUCGCUUCUGCGUACACGCAGGAGAGAUCACACAGCUCAUAGUGCCGCCGCAUAACUGUACUACUCGUAUCCAAAAGUGCAUCUGUUCUGUUGCUUCUGACCACAGCGUCACGUUACUAAGUCUAUCGGAACGCAAAUGCGUAACACUAGCUUCGCGCCAUUUGUUCCCUGUGGUCAGCAUAAAAUGGCGGCCAUUAGACGAUUUCAUGGUGGUCGGCACCAGCGACGGGACCGUCUACGUGUGGCAGAUGGAGACUGGUCACCUUGAUAGAGUGCUGCACGGAAUGAUAGCUGAAGAGGUAUUAGCGGCGUGUGACGAGACGGUGGCUGAUGAUUUGGGUGGCGCCGUGGCCGGCUCGGGAGAUCUGCAGGGGCUGGCUAACCCAGCUGUCCACUUCUUCAGAGGUCUCCGCCACCGCAACCUGAACGCGAUGCGCGCGGCCACCCAACGGGGGUUGGCAGCGCUGCAGCCGACGGGGGGCGCGGGGUCCGCGGGGCCGCUCGCGGAGCCCGUGAGGCGUAGGGCUCCUCUGACUGUCCAGGGAUUCAGGUCUAACCAGGCUGAUCCAGAGAGCCACAUCCUAUUUUUCGACAUCGAGGGUCUGAUAGUGGAACUGCUAAGCGAGGAGUAUUCAGCUAUGAGUCCUGCCAGUUUAGAAGCCGCCGGGUUGAUUACAAGCGAGUAUAAAAACAUGGCGUCGCUCACUCGCUCUGCCAGCCCUGAUGCGACCAAGAGGAUCUCAGGUAUCCUGGCGAAGAUGAAGGAGAGUGCAGACGCGAUGCAGACCAAACUGCACGCCAAGGCAGAGCAGCUGAAGAGCCACCUCGAGCCUAAAGGAGAUGAGGCUAACCAGCAAAGCAAGAAGCCCCGUCCAAGAGGCAUGCCGCUAGCGGAGCCCCCUCACACGAUGGAGAUCGCGCAGAUCCUUAUCUCACUGCUGCAUGCCUGGGGCCUCGACCCUGACUUGGACCGUGUCUGCGAGACCAAGCUUGGUCUCCUCCGUCCCAUGGUGCCAGUUUGCUUCGGCGUGGUCUCCCGGCACGGCCACAUGUCGGUGCAGCUGCCCACCCGGCUGGGCGGGGUGCUGGACAACGUACCGCCGCCUGGAGACAAGCUGCUGCUCACUCCGGGACUGCCGCCGGAGCUGCUCAGGCAGGAGCAACUCACCAGACUGUUCACCUCCAAGCUGCAUUGGGAGCUGAGCACUACCUUAACGACCAACCACCUGUUGGCCAUUGUGGCGUUGGCCAACACCCUGAUGUCUAUGAGCCAGGCCAGCUUCGUGCCCGAGCAGGAACUAGCAAGGAAGCUGCACAGGCCCUCGACACGCAGCUCUACCUCCUGGGCUGGUGAUGAGGAGCGUGAGGAGCAGCUGGCCGCGCAGCAGGCCCACAUCAAGCAGGGCUGGUCGCUCCUGGCGACCCUGCACUGCGUGCUGCUCCCUGACAAGGUCGUCGCCGCUGGUGCUAAGAGCUUCAAACGUCCUCAAGUGGAGAUGCUAGCUCGGCGCUGGCAGCACCACUGCUUGGAAGUCAGGGAUGCUUCACAAGCGCUGCUGCUUGCUGAGCUGGGCAGAUUGGGCCCGAAGGGUCGCAAGGCGCUGGUGGACAGCUGGGCGCAGUACCUCCCUCUGUACACCCACACGGAGAGCAUCAACCCUCACGGGAAACAGCAGCCCGUGGAGAAGGUCACUGCACAGCAAGAAGAAGAGUUUGAAGAAGAAGAAGAAGAGAUAGUGCGCGCUCCCUCUUCGAUAGCGGAGCUGAAACGCAAACAGACGACGGCGGUAGUGCUGUUAGGGGUGAUCGGCGCUGAGUUCGGACAGGACAUCACUAGCGAAGGCGCUGCGGGCAACAAGAGGAGAAAGGACGGAGAUAGUCGCAAGAGCUCUGUCGUUGAAGGGUUCACGCUGUCCUCGUCCAACAACCUGGCGCGGCUGACUGCGCUGGCGCUGACGCACCUGCUGCUGUCCCCGCCCUCCCCGCGCUUGCCGCCGCACACGCCGCUGCGGCGCGCCGCCGUGGACCUGCUGGGCCGCGGGUUCACCGUCUGGGAGCCCUACCUCGACGUCAGCCACGUGCUCUUGGGCCUGCUGGAAAUGUGCUCGGACGCUGACAAGCUGGUGCCGUCAAUGACAUACGGGCUGCCGCUGUCUCCGCAGGCUGACUCCUGCCGCACAGCGAGACAUGCGCUCACCCUCAUUGCUACUGCCAGGCCGGCGGCGUUCAUCACGACCAUGGCCCGCGAGGUGGCGCGCUGCGCGGCGCUGGCGGCGGGCGGCGCGGCGGGGGGCGCGGGCGGCGGGGGAGGGGGCGGGCUGCACGCGCUGCAGCGGGGGCGGGCGGAGGUGCUGCGCGGGGUGGAGCUGCUCAUCGACCGCAUGCACAACGAGGUGGCCGAGCUGCUGGUCGAGGUGAUGGACAUAAUCCUGCACUGCGUGGACCAGUCGCACCUGAAGAGCAAGGGGCUGAAUGAGGUGUUCCCGGCCAUCUGCCGGUACAACCAGGUGUCUCAUUGCCCGGCCACCAGGAGGAUUGCUGUGGGCAGCCACACGGGCCAGCUGGCCAUGUACGAGCUGCGCGCCGGUCGCUGCCAGUCGCUGACGGCGCACAGCGGGCCCGUCACCGCGUGCGCCUUCAGCCCCGACGGAAGGUACCUCGUCAGCUACGCCACGGCUGACAACCGCCUGUCCUUCUGGCAGAGUACUGCCGGUAUGUUCGGGCUGGGCGCGGCUCAGACGCGCUGCGUGAAGUGCUACAGCACAGCCCCAAUGGCAGAUGUGGCGCGGUUGAACCCGGCCCGGCUGGCGCGGCUCGUGUGGACCAACUCGAGGACCGUCACCCUCAUGCUGGCCGAUGGCUCCGAGACCAGGUUCAACGUUUAGGGGUUAGACGAGGUGUGGGGUGAAGCUAGGGGUGCUUAGUUAUAGACGUUACCAUACGCUAGACACUAUGUUGCCCGAGAAUCGAUUAUAUUUUCAUAAAGAAAACUCAAUACACUUUGUAUUAUCUGUUAAUUUCACCACUUGGCACUGAUUAGACUUAGCUAACGACUUGAUGGUACUGCUGGCUAACUCCAACUGACUGACUACCUGACCGAUUGAAGCUCCCCUCCUUUCGCCCCACCAAAGCCAAAAUAAAAUGGUCGACUGUGAUUGGUCGAGAAAUACACCGCCAGGAAACAGUCGAAAUCAACGUUCUGUGUUGCCAUUUUUCAAGAAGACUAUAAAGACACUUAUUUUGAACGAAUAGUUAAGUUACUUAUUUUUUUAAAUCAUGACAAUAUUGAAAUAAUUGAUAGCAUUGCAACUACUUUACAAUCGAUAUCGGUAGGCCUAUCGAUAGUAUCGAUUUAUAUAACCGAUUAUAUCUCUAACAAUUAUUAGAUAAUAAUCGAUAUAAUUGUUGAACUUCCAAUAUCGAUUUAAUCGAUAGGCGUAUCCAUAUUUAGAUUAUUUAGGGGUUAGAAAAUAAUCGAUUAUUUAUACAGUCGAUUAUCGGGCAACACUAGUGGGUAUUACACCAUUUAAAAGUAUAUAAAUCAUAUUGUUGCACUAAUAUUCUAUAUAUUUACUGCGACGCGCUUUAUAUCAAUGGUUAGUAGUUAGUACCAUGGUUUAAGAAGGCCAGGGGGAUUAAAAUGGCCAUAUCAAAGCAAUUCAUCUAAAAAAGCAAUAUUGCAAUUUGACAUUUGCGCAUAUAAAAGCAAUUGCGCAAUGCAAUCAACUGUCAAAUAGCAAUAUUGCUAUCUUAGAUGAAUUGAUUCGAUGUGGCCAUUUUAAGCCGCCAUUGCUAGCCCUUUGAUGACGUAAGUGUUACCAUUAAAUUGGUAUCUCCAACAUUCCUAGGACGUAAAUUUUAUUUUUGAAAAUUAAGUGAAUUACUGACUAAUGUAUUUAAUUACUAUUACUUGUCACAUAUACAAAAAUCAUUAAGUAAAUCUUUUACUAAAAGUUCAAAAUUUCCUUGUAAAGUAAAUAAAAAACAUUGGUCGUGGGUAAUUUAUUUUUUACGAAAUGGCAACACAGGGUGGGACGACGUCAGCUGGGGUAACCUUGAAAUGUUAGCUGUCACUUUUGAGCAUACCUGGUUUUCUUAUACCAUGGUUAGUACAUAGAGAUAAUCUCCUUAAAUGAAUUAACCUACCUAACUUAAAAUGUCAUAACAAAUAUUAUUUAUUGUUUUUUUUAUGCUGAAUGGUUGGUUUACUUGGCAUUGUACCAAACGUUCUCGUGUUAACAGUACAGCUUACAAUCACAUAAACAGCCUAUAUACGUCCCACUGCUGGGCACAGGCCUCCCCUCAAUCAACCGGAGGGGGUAUGGAGCAUACUCCACCACGCUGCUCCACUGCGGGUUCGUGGAGGUGUUUUUGCUUAACGUGCCCUCCGAAGCAUGGAAUCAUCUUACUUUUUCGGACAAUCAGGUGAUUCAAGCCUGAAAAGUCCUUACCAAACAACGGACAGUCUCACAAAGUGAUUUCGACAAUGUCCCCAUCGGGAAUCGAACCCGGAUCUCCAGAUCGUGAGCCUAACGCUCUAACCACUAGACCACGGAGGCUGUUAACGUUUAUUUCCACAAAAAACUUGGUGCACUGUGCAUUACAAAAUUUCUUAGGCUAAAUAUACAUUUUUGAUGAGUGACGUGGCCCUGCCUACCCUAUUGAGGAUCACGGCCGUGAUAUUGUUUAUGUUAACGUUAAAAGUCAUUGUAGUGUUUCUAUUCCUAUAAUCAGUAUUUUUGAAAUGUCUGUUCAUUCAUAAUCAAAACUAAUAUUAAUUGAUUAGUCACUAAUAAAUGUAAAAUUGUAUAAAAUAUAUUAAAUGAAAAAAAAAAAUAGUUAUCUAAUGCAUUUAUGUUAUUGUAAAUUAGGUAUCAAAAUUGUUGAUUGAAUGUAUUUAUUCCAAUAAAUUAAUUGUUAUACGUA